AUGUCCUCCAAGUCGAUUUCGCUCCCACUUGAAGCUAUUCAUGUGAUUUUGCUCUACUGUCAAACACCAAAGGACUAUUUAUCACAAUCGUCAAUUAGUCGAGAAUGGUUUCACGAGGCUCGCUCGCUGAAACUACUCAUGAAAAUACGCUUUGCACGUAAAACUUCCAUAUUACAUUGUCGAUUUAUCCAAUGGGAUUUUCACAUGCGUCUUACCGUCAUCGGACACGGCGAACAUGUUCAACGUCAUGGACUGGAAGAAUGUGUACAAGCGUAUCAUCGUGUUGGGGGACCUUCUUCAGAAGUCUAUUACUUAGAAAGAAAUUGGCAAGAAGGUCAAUUACACGGAUUAGAAAUUCUCCGCGAAAUCAAUAAUGUAUGGUACACAAACUAUCGCUCACAUUCUACGCCAACAAUAAAUGAAAUGAUCGUCCAUCCGUACGAUGGAUUAACUGCAGUUGAUUCAAUGCGAAAAUAUGGUAGACAUGUAUCGAUACCGAAAGAUUUCAUACCAUCAAAGGGAUGUGAUUACCUCGGUAAAAUCAUUCUAAAACGUCAGUGGAUAUUGGGCGAGUUGAAAAGCGCUGAGACAUUGGAAGAAUAUACUGAUAAUCAAAUCCAAUUCAGUAGUAUAUACGAUGUUUUGAAUUCUUUGAAUCUAUCGCAUAUGUCCUAUGAGUUGUACGCAGAUUGA